GAAGUGAAAAUACAGCGAUAUGAAGAAAGUAGAAAGCUAGAGAAUACAGAGAAGAAAGAAUACAAUGGCGUUGCAGUGGAUAAUUCUAACCUACGUCGUGGCAGUGGAGGUCGCCGUCGCUAUUCUCCUCACGCUGCCAUCGCCCAAGCCUCUCCGAUCGCGGAUCGUCUCUCUCAUAUCUCUAACCCUUCAGCCUUCGCUUUUCAUUGUACCCUUCGCCGCUUUCCAGCUCCUUGAUAUCUAUUGGAAGAAUGAGCACCGGUUAAUGUGCACCGGUGAGAUCUGCACUGCCGCCGAGAGAGACCGCUAUGAGAAAUCGAUCUACAAGGCUCAAAGGAAUGGCAUCCUUUGCGUGGCAGCAUGCCUCCUCUACUGGUGUAUCUACCGCAUUUGCAAGUACAACAAGGAGAUCCAAAGGAUGGAGGAAGUGGAAAAGAGAUCCAAGGACAACUAGUUCUUCCCUCGUGCCGCAGCACUAGAUAUUUAUAUUACCAGUGUAGUUUGUGUGAGUUGGGAGUCUAGGAUGGAUCAGCAUUGAAGAUUGUCACACCCAGAGAUUAUAUGUAUGUUGCGAUUUCAGUGUUUUAGUAACAUGACAUGCUUCUGCCAUCUUGUGUUUUCAAGACCAAAUUAUUGAGUAUAAUGUAGCAAAUACAGUUAUAAAUCUAGACUAGUGAAAUUUGGGAUUGUCUUUUCUCAAA